AUGAAUUACUGUCUCAAGUCCCUUCAAUCCAGAGCCAGUGAAACCGACAACUGGUACCCCCACACCUUGAGGGCUGCGUCCGGCUCUGCCGGGCUCCCUGGCACGGACGGCAAGGACGUGGACACGCUGCAGCAGGGCCCAGGAGGGACAGCCGGCUCAUGCCACGUCCCGCAAGGCGCCCCUCGGCGGGGCCGCCCCGUGCCCGCCCCUGCCCGGCCCGCCGUGGUUCCGCCUCCGCCGGGCUCUCUCCGUACUGGCUGUGGCGCCGCUGGAAGAGCUGAUCGCUCUGGUGCUGGCGGAGCAGCACGGUCUUUUGGCUCCGCCUGGCGCGGGCCCUGGCCCCGAAAGAAGCCCCUGCCGCGGUUCCGCCCGCAGCCGCCCCGCUGCCGCCCGGCUCCCGCCCUAUGUCCGACAGCGUCGCCGGCAGCUUCCCCGCUCCGAGCUCCGCCUCUCGCCAGCUCGGCCGCCGGCCCCGAGCCGCCGCAGCCCAGGGCAGCUGGGCAAGCAUCAGCGCGCAGGGCGGGCGGGUGCCCCGAGCAGAAGAGCGGGAGCGCGGUGCUGCCCGCACGGGCGGAGAAGCCUCCCCUAGAGCAGCUCUACAGGGAGGGCUCGCUGCUGGGCAGCGGCGGCUUCGGCAGCGUUUACUCCGGGACCCGGCUCGCCGAUGGUGCCCCGGUGGCCAUCAAGCGAGUGUCCCGGGACCGCAUCUCGGAGUGGGCGCGGCUGCAGAACGGCGCCCUUGUGCCCCUGGAGCUGGCGCUGAUGUGGAUGGUGUCGCGGCCUGGCUUCCGCAGCGUCGUGCAGCUCCUGGACUGGUUCGAGGUGCCCGAGGGCUUCGUGCUGGUCAUGGAGCAUCCGGAGCGCUGUCAGGACCUCUGGUACUUCCUGCACGAGCGGCGCUUCCUGACGGAGCCCGUGGCGCGGGGGCUGUUCCGCCAGGUGCUGGAGGCUGUGCGGCACUGCAGCAGCCGCGGCGUCCUGCACCGCGACAUCAAGGCCGAGAACGUCCUCGUCGACCUGGCCACGGGUGAGACGAAGCUCAUCGACUUCGGGGACGGCACGAUCCUGCAGGACACGUUCUACACCCAGAUGUCAGGAACGCCGGAGUACAGCCCACCAGAGUGGAUCCUCUUUGGCUGCUACCAUGGCCAGCCAGCCACCAUCUGGUCCCUGGGCAUCCUGCUCUAUGAGCUGGUCUGCGGGCACCUUCCUUUCCACACCAAGGAGGACAUCGUCCGGGGCCAGCUUUGCUUCCCGCCCCGAGUGUCUCAAGGUGGGGAUGCACCCUCAAGGCACGAGGGGAAGAACGGGGUUGGGAGCGGCAGCUGGCAAAGAAGCGUCCUGCUCUUGCAGCUGGAGGAUUACACCUGGUGCCCAGACCAGAUGGGGAAGUGCCUGCAGCGUCUGUGGAGCACGUCCAGUGGCAGCACUACCCCAGGGGUCACGGUCUGCAGGGACAGCCCCUUCCAGAAGGACGAGGACCUGGUGCAGGAUCGGCUCCUCUCCUGGCAGCAGCUCUCCAGAGGUGGGCACCCAGCUCCAUAG